AUGUCUCGUUUGGCUGGUGUUGAAGUUGGUGGUACGACGUGGGUAGCGGCCAUUGCAAAGGAUCAUCCAGAAAAUAUUUUGGAGAAAUUUGAGGUUGAUACGACAACGCCUAAUGAAACAAUGGAUGCUAUCAUUAACUGGCUCAAGGAACGUAAAUUUGACUCACUCGGUAUUGCAUCAUUUGGCCCAGUGGACUUGAAUAAAAAGUCACCUACAUAUGGUUACAUUACAAGUACACCCAAGCCCAAUUGGGGAGAUACGGAUGUUGUAGGUGUGUUUAAACGUGCAUUUCCUGAUGUACCCAUUGGAUUCGAAACGGACGUGAAUGCACCGGCGCUAUAUGAAGUGGCAUACGGUGGCCACGGUGAUAUCACUAGUGCCGUGUACAUCACGGUGGGCACGGGUGUCGGUGUCGGUGUGUGCACAAACGGUAAUGCCAUUCACGGCUUUAUGCAUCCAGAGGGUGGUCAUAUUAUGGUCCCACCUGCUCCACAGGACAUUAAGACAAACUUUAAGGGUGUUUGCCCAUUCCAUGGUAAUUGUGUUGAAGGGAUGGUGGCAGCAGGUUCAAUCGCUGCACGAACGGGUGUAGAUCGUCGUGAUCUAGCCACAAUCACAGACGAUGAUCCGGUAUGGGAUACGAUCGCACACUAUCUCGCCAAUUUGUGCGUUAAUGUGACAUUCCUCACAUCUCCUGACGUGAUUGUAAUUGGUGGUGGCAUUGCUCGUCGAGAAAAGCUAUUUGAUUUAAUCCGUGAAAAGUUCGUAGCGCGUGUUAAUAAAUACGGUCAGCAACCACCUGUGGAGAAAUAUAUCCGUGCAUCGUUUCACCCAGCCAUUGGUCUCGUGAGCUCACUGCAUUUAGCCCGUCUCGAGCUGGAGCCCAAGUUAUGA